AUUACUGUGCAGAGAUGCAGAGCUGUGUUAACACUCGGAUGAUUAUUUAAUAUAAAAGAUAAUGAAACAAUGAAUUACAUGUUCUGGCUGUUCAGCCUCAGUGUCUGUGCUGUACCUUGUGACAGCCACACUAUCCAGUAUUACACAACACUAAUACCAUCUCCUACCCCUGGGGUGAAUCAUUAUACAAACAUUGCGUUUCUAGACGGCUUUAGGUAUGGAAAGUAUGACAGUGACACAUGCCAUGUUCAGUACUUUGAUCCGGCACUGAAUGCACUGACUGAGCACGUGGAGAAAAAGACGAAAUAUGUUCGAGUACUGGUGGUUUUUCAGAAGCAGCAGAUGGAAUUUUUAAUGGGUUAUUUAAACAAGACAUAUGGUGAUGGAGACUUCUAUGUCUACCAGAGGAAGUUUGUCUGUGAGCUGAAUGAGGAUGGUACUCAUGCUGCAUAUGAGGAGAUUGCCUUUGAUGGGAAGGAGAUUAUGGUAUUCGAUAAAGAGAAUGAGAUGUAUGUUCCUACAACACAAGAGACUCUGCUUGUGACCCAGCAAUGGAAUCAGCAUUAUGACCAUGCCAAAAUAAAUAAGAUUAACAGAGGGAAUGAAUGUGUGCAGAAUAUCAAGAUGUAUCUACCUUAUCUAUCAAAUGACUUGGAGAGGAAAGUUCCCCCUAAAGUGAAGAUUUCCAGAUCACAAUCAGAGAGCAGCACCGCACUUCACUGUCAUGUUUAUGGGUUCUACCCCCGAGAUGUGGAAGUGAAGUGGAUAAAGAAUGGGAGAGAUGAGAUUUACUCCGAGGAAUCAGCAGAGAUCCUGCCAAACCCUGAUGGCACCUAUCAGAUCAGAGUCAGUGUGGAGGUAACACCAGAGGAGGGCGCCACUUACUCCUGCCAUGUGGAUCACAGCAGUUUGGAGAAUCCCCUGGUUGUACCAUUUGAAUCCACUGAUCUAAGUACUUAUUAUAUCGUGAUCCCUGUUGUGGCCGCUCUCUCCCUCCUUCUUGUUGCCCUGGGAAUAUUUGUUUGUAGAAAGAGAAGAAGAAAAGGAUCGAGCGGUGGUCAAGAGGGUUUGUGUAUGCGAAAUUCCAACAAUGACUCCUCCGUUCAAUCUGUUUCACGUUAAUUUAAGCAGGAAAAAAAAGAUGCAUGUAUUAAAUUUAUAGAGUAUUAUUAUA